AUGUGGCUGCCUCUUCGCACCCGUUUGCCACCAGGCAUGUCUAUGUUCAGCACGCGCAACGGGCUGUAUGAGCGGGCGCGCAAGAAGUUCAAGGUGCAAGAUGGUAUCAAAUUGUUCACAUACUCCUUCUACAGGCAGCGCCGUGCAGAAGUGCAGGCUUUUUUUGCACAGAUCUACUCUGAAGCUCAGGCCAGUCGAGCCGCUACAGGCCACUACGCCAUGGCGCAGCUGCUACAGCUCGGAGCGCUGCAACGACAUUACACGCUGAACAUCGAUGGUCUGUCAGAGGUGGUGGGCAUGGACACUUGGCAUCAUGAGCGAAACGCCCAGGGCUCAACCGUGGAGAUGCACGGCAACAUCAGGCAGCUCGUAUGCCCCACCUGCCACGCUGUGGAGCCGCUAAGCCGCCACAACAUCAGCCUCAUGCGGGCGCAGCAACCAGUGCCAUGCAGCGCCUGCGGACAGGACCAGCUGCGCUUCAAGGUGAUGCUUUACGAUGAUGACGAGGGCGAUUGCAUUACUCCGGAGCACGUCUUUGACGUAUUGGAGGAGGACCUCAAGGCCCUCCAUUUCAUCAUUCUUUAUUUCCAGGUUUGUGACAUGGUGGUCUGGGCCGGGAUCAGCUUCCAGCAGUCCGCAUCUGUGGAGUACUUUCGCCGCGUACGGCACAUGUUGGGGACGCUCGGUCGCCUCAAUGCAGUACCGCAGGUGUUAAUUAACCCCAGCGAGGAGCCGUACUUCAACGUGCUCUCCGCGAUGUCGAACCCUAACGAGCUGCAGCUCCUGGACUUACGGGAAACCAGCGACAUAGCCUUCCCUGCAAUGGCGGAAAGGAUUCGGGAGGCCAUUAUGCAUGAAGAGGGCGAGUACAAUGGAUCAGCUGCUGUGCUCAUGAACAGUAUCCAUGGUGGUAUCCAUGAUGCCCAGGCUGCAGGUGCGGCGGCAGCUGCAGCUGCGGUCAUGGAUGAGCCUGUGCCAGGGGCUGCGGUGUCCCCCGGGAUAGAAACCCCAGCACGAUCAGUGGAAGCAGAUUGCGUAGGCCGCGCGGCCGCGUUGCACGUGGACUUCAGCGCCAAAAUGGAGAUGCCGGGAUACAAUGGCGUAAAACUGGAGGCAGACGCUGCACCUGAAUUUUGCGCCGGUAUCGGCAUACGUGCUGGAAGCUCCGGGCCAAGCUUAGGGGCUGUACCCUCGGUGGACGCAUCUACGACGGGUAGCACCCCCGAGCCGGAGCCAAAAGUAGCCCGCAUUUGGCACCCCACACGAAGCACUAGGGCUCCUAGAGAGUCCGACGCAGGGGAAGAGGCUGGGCCGCUCUUCGUGGAUGAUGCCGACGAUGAGGACUAUGUCGAGGGCGAGGAUGAUGAGGAUGGGCGCUGCCGCCGAAAUGGUCGUGGGCGCGGCAAGGGCCGUGGUUCCGGAAACCGGGGCAGGGGGCGAGGACGGGGUCGAAGCCGAACAGGCGGCAGCGGCGGCGGCUCACGCGCGGGGUCAUACAGCGAUGCGGGCUGCAGCCCCCAGGGCCAAGGGCCGCUUCCGCAGGGGCAAAGCUCUCUGGCGCUACUGCUCGGUCUCGCAUCAGGUACGGGACAUCUGGCGGGGGGAUCUCCCGCGCUUUCCCUCCUUCCGCUGGCCCAGCCUAGCUUGCUCGCGCUCGGCGGUCUGGUUAAAUCGCCGCCACAGCAGCAGCAGCCAACGCUCAUGCAAGCGGUUCAGCAACCUCAGCUGUUGCUUUUCCAGCAGCAGCAGCAGCAGCCGCUGCAGGCGGUCCAGCAGCUCCAACAGUUGGUGCAGCUACAGCAGUUAGCACACCUAACACAGCAGCCGCAACAGCAGCAGCCGAGUGGCCUCGAGCUUCUGCAGCGACUGAACGCCCUAAAACAGCUACAAUGCUUACAACAGCAACCGCCAACGGUGAGCUUACAGUUGCCUCAGCCUCCGUCUCUGCAGCUGUCCCAGCAGGCGCCGGAAGUUGUGCCGCUUCAGCAAAGGCUCCAGCUGCAGCCACUCCUCAGACCCGUUUCCCUGCACCACCAGCCCAGCGGCACACAUGCCGUGUCGAGUGGGCCGCAGCAGCAGCCGGUAUGCCAGGACCCGCAGCCCUCGCCGUCGCUGCUGGAGCUGCACCAGCCUGUGUCGCAGCCACAGCCUAUGCAAGGCCAAGACCUACAAUUGCAGCUGCAGCGUUUGGUGGAGCUUCGACAGCAUGCCCUGCUGCAGCCGGAUAUGAACGUGGGAUACCAGGGCGCCCCGCAGGGCUCUCAAGUACCGACUCCAAGCUUAAACUGUACUGGCCAUGCCCAGUUGGUUGAUGCUGCCGCGCCAGGCACCACGGCGGGACCGGCUGCGGCUGCAGCACCGGCGGAUGCCGUGUACGUACACAGGGGCGUGGUGUACAGCUGGUUCAGCGUUUGUCGUGCGCUGGGAACCAAAACAGCCAAGGGGACCUAUCUGUGA